CUGCAGGACCUGAUCAUGAACGCAGACGCUGCCCCAGCGCCUAUCUUCCAAACAGGAGAAGACUGCCGGCCCGCUUGGCAAAAGGCGGCCGCCGGCUACGAUGAGCCCGACACGCACCUGCAGAUCCUGGGCAAGCCGGUGAUGGAGCGCUGGGAGACCCCCUACAUGCACUCACUGGCCGCCGUGGCCUCCUCCCGAGGGGGAAGGGUCCUGGAGGUCGGCUUUGGGAUGGCCAUUGCGGCCAGCAAGGUGCAGGAAGCCGACAUCGAGGAGCACUGGAUCGUUGAAUGCAAUGACGGUGUCUUCCGGCGGCUGCAGGAGUGGGCCCAGCAUCAGCCCCACAAGGUCGUCCCCUUAAAAGGCUUAUGGGAAGAGGUGGUGCCCAACCUGCCUGAUGGACAUUUCGAUGGAAUUCUGUAUGACACCUAUCCCCUCUCUGAGGAGACUUGGCAUACCCACCAGUUCAACUUCAUCAAGGCUCACGCUUUCCGCCUGCUGAAGCCUGGGGGUGUCCUCACUUACUGCAACCUGACAUCCUGGGGAGAACUACUGAAGACCAAGUACACGGAUAUCAAAAAGAUGUUUGAGGAGACCCAGAUCCCAGCCCUGGUGGAGGCAGGUUUCAAGAAGGAGAAUAUCAGCACCACUGUGAUGGACCUGGUGCCCCCCAAGGAAUGCCGCUACUACUCCUUCCCCAAGAUGAUCACCCCGACAGUCGUCAAACACUGAGGGCGCCCAGCUUCCUCUUCCUUCAGGCUGACCCUGGAAUGGGGGCACCAAGGACUCUCUGGCCUGCCAGGGCUAGAGCCUAGGAUUGCUCAGUAGAUCUCAGCCAACUUCUCAACAAGACUUGACAAGGGAACUUGACACAGGAAGAGAGGCAGAAAGCAAGCAGGGGACUGAGGGAUUCUCUAGGCCUGUCUCCUCACUCAAGGCCUCAAGAGUGGCAAAAAGGCUUCUGUUUCAAUACAACAAACACAUUAAGUUCUGGGCAGAGCCCAGUGCUAGAAGUCAAGGCUCAGGGUUUUUCUGCUUUUUGAUUUGUCUACCAUCUCAGUCCUUGUAAGCUACUUGGGGCCUUUAUUUGUUUCAUCUAUAGAAUGGGUGUAUGUAAGGAACUGGCUACCCUCAAAGGUAAUAAUCAGGCUACCAAAAUGGCAAUUUCUCAUUCAAAAGCUCUGCAAGGAAUUGCUUUAAGGACAUGCCCCUCCUCUUGUUUAGUAAGUGCCCAUAAUGUGCUUCUUGGUGCUGGAAAAGUACAGAGAAGUCCAGAGCCUUGCCCGCUGCCUUUGAGGGGCCUGUACCCCAUUUGAGACAGAGUGUUGAUAAUCCAAGAGUGAGUCCAGGGGCCAAAUGCUCAUGUCAUGGGUUUCCCCCUCAUUCUAGGGCUUCAAAGAGUUAACGUCUACUUGUGGGGGAUGGGAUUCUUGCUCAGGUUAUAGCUGAACUAGAUUGCAUGGUCUCUGAGGUCCCCAUAGCACCCCUUGCAGGCAGGGAAAAUAUUUUUAUCUUUAUUUGUAUCCUCAGGGCUUAACACAGUGCCUGACACUUAGUACUUAAUAUGUUUGUCGACUGAUUAACACCUUUCCUUUGAGAUAGAGGUAGAGCAAAGAGUAGCCCCAUUUUAUAGAUGACAGAGAGGCAUUGUAUUUACUAGACAGUAGCCAGAGCUGGCCUUGGAGCCAGGAAGACCCAGGUUCAAGUCUUACCUCUGAUGUGUUCUAGUUUUUGCAACUCUGGCUAAGUCAUGAAACCUAGUUAUUCUAGGCGUCUCCUUCAGACUAAGCUGCAGACCUGCAUUGGUAGAGGAAGUUUCCUCAAUGGAGAGUUCCCUUUAAUCGAGAGGUUCAGUCCCUAUCCCUUUAUAGGUGAAGAAAUUGAGAAGUGACUUGUCCACAGUCACUGAAGACAGAGCUAGGAUCUGAAAUCGGGUCUCUUUCUUGCCCAGUGUUCUACCAAACUGAGGUCAAGAGGCUGAGGGAAUCUAGGCCCCAGGCAUGUUCCACUACACUAUUUGUUCCCUUUCAGUUUCCCUGUUUAAGUCCAUUUGGAAGCCUUAACUUUAACUAAUAUACUGUGAGGCCCCCCUGUAUCCUUUAUUAAGAUUUUGGUGCUCUUCAGACCAGGUGCUCUGCUGGGGUGUCAGAGGUCCUCUGGGGGAAAGGGAAGGCCCUGCACCUUCUCAGUUGUAGCAAAAAGCCUGCUGGUCAAAUAAUAAAGGAAUUCUGACCUCAGCUAGA